GUGGAUACAUCUGCAUGGUGGGAGCUAACUGCCAUCUUUCCCCAUCUUUUGCAUCCUCACCUGCACCUGCUCAUCGCCGCCUUACCACUGCUGCAGCCGUAGCAGCAGCAGCAGAAGCAGCAGCAGCACCAGAAGGAGCAGCAGACUCAGCAGCAGCAGCAGCAGCAGCAGUAGCAACAGCAGCAGCAGCAGCAGCAGUAGCAACAGCAGCAGCAGCAGCAGCUGAAGGAGCAGCAGCAGCAGCAGCAGCAACAGCGGCAGCAGCAGCAGUGGCAGCAGCAGCAGCGGCAGCAGCAGCAACAGCAACAGCAGCAGCAGCAGCAGCAGAAGGAGCAGCAGCAGCAGCAGCAGCAACAGCAGCAGAGCAGCAGCAAUAGCAGCAGCAGCAG